AUGGUUUCCUACAAACUUCUUACAAUCGCUCUCUACGCGGGAGCAACACUCGCGCUUCCACAAUCUAAAACCGCCAGUAACCCAACCGCUACCAUAGACAAUGGUAUCAUAAUCGGAACCUCAACGUCCAUUCCUGAUUCCAAGCUCAAAGUCAAUCAGUUCCUGGGAAUCCCCUUCGCCGAAAAGCCUAUUCGCUUCAGUCCCCCAAAGCCGGCCAAACCAUGGGAUUAUCCCUACAAUGCCACCGUAUACAAGCCCGCUUGUUUUAUGAAGUUCAACUAUCCUGAAGAACGACGAAAUCAAACGAUUGAGAUAUUUGCUACACCUGGACCCCCAGCUGGGACUAGUGAAGAUUGCCUGAACUUGAACAUUUUUGCCCCUGCAGGUGCAAAACCCGGUUCAAAGCCUGUUGCGUUCUGGAUUCAUGGAGGAAGCUUCAGUCAUGGAUCUGGAUCUUUGCCUUACUAUGAAGGAUCCAAGAUGGCGGGCUAUGAAGACCUGGUUGUUGUUACUGUAAAUUACAGGACCAAUAUCUUUGGAUUUCCUGAAACCUACGAUUUGCCUGAGGGAGAGUGGAAUCUUGGUUUCCUUGACCAACGACUAGCCCUUACCUGGGUGCAAGACAAUAUCGCUGCCUUUGGAGGAGAUCCCAAGAAAGUCACCAUUUUUGGUGAAAGUGCCGGUGCAGGAAGUGUUGAUGAUCUUCUCACGGCUCCACCAGAUCCUCUCCCUUUCCGCGCGGCUAUUCUGCAGUCGGGUUCUGCCUCAACAAACGUUACGCCCACUGGCUCUUGGAAGAAUGCAACCAAGCUAGCUGACUGUGACAAAGGUGACUUUGAUCAAGUCCUCAAGUGCAUGCGCGGGAUCCCAGCUGCCAAGCUUAAGGAUAUCAUCGAAAGGGGCAUGCUUGAUUUCGCACCUCUCAGCGAUGACGGAGUCACACUAUCAAACUAUCCCCGCGACAUCCGGCUCAAGUCAAAGAACAACCCAAAGCUCAUGGCCCGAGUUCCUGUUAUGUUGGGUACAACAGCAGAUGAGGCCAGAAUCCCCAAUUUCAUGAACAUCACCGUAAAGGAUGCUCUUAAAACCUUGGCCCCGGGGAUAAGUGACUUCCAAGUCUCGCUCCUCAAGUUCCUCUACCCCAUCGGAUCUCCCGGAAUCAACAACGAGUUCGACCAGGUUACCAGAAUGGCCACUGAAAUCGGCAUGCAGUGUCCCAUUCGCUACGUCGCGGAAGACUUCGCUGAGGUAGACAUAAAGACCUGGCGAUAUAUCUACAACGCUAGCUUUUCCAAUACUGAGAUCUUCAAGGGCAGUGGAGCAUAUCACUCUGCAGAGAUUCCAACUCUCUUUGGGACUUUUCCCGAGAAAGAUGCUACCGAGUUUCAGGAGAAGCUAAGCAGGGAGAUGCAGAAGGCUUGGGGCAAGUUCAUCAGAGAUCCCACUAAUGGCCCUGGGUGGGAACAAAUUUCUAAUAUCGGUGUCUUUGGAGGCGGCGUGGGACCUGAUUCUGCCAAGGAACCAGCCAAGGCAUUGGAGGUUAGGAAUGCGAACAUCAUUGAGCCAAGAUGCUUAAUAUUCAAGAGCAUAUGGGAGAAGGGUCAGACAAAGGAGUAA